AUGUCAAUCGUGACUAAUCAGUUAUUCGACACGCACAAUGUGCUGGUGUUCAAGAUACCGCCAGGCGACGUUUCACUCUCCCGAUGGGAAACCAAGGGAUCAAAUGUCGUUUGGCGUGGUAGCUUAAGACUAAUAGAAGAGGAAGAGGUGGCCGAAGACGACUCCCGUGUUGAGAAAGAGCCAUACCAGGUCUUACGCCUAAAGCUAGAUUUUUACAAUCAGGAACUGACGGGUGGGCUUCUGGACGAAUUCAACGAAUUGGGAAAAGAACAUGUGUGGGCAGAAUCAUGGUAUAAUCCUUUUCGUGAGCUAGGGAUAGAAUGCUCAAUAGCUAACGAUGGCGGUGACGCUGUCAAAAUGACGCCGGAAUCUCCUAAGUACUACAGGAUAGUGUUACAGCUACCGGGAUCUGGAUACCACCCUUUCCCACAAAAGAAAGCCUCUGAGAAACAGUCAGUGCUCCAAGUGGCUUUGGGAAUGAAGUUCGAAGAUUCCUUCAAUGCCAUGUCUUUCUCAGAAAGUAUCGGCAUUUACCGGAGACGCUUCAAGGCCUACCAAGAGAAGUAUCUUUACGAUAAACAUCUUUCGAAACUACAGCACAAAAUCUUGAAUGACUUAACUAUCAGUGAAAAAGAGCUGCGAGAAAACACACCCGCUUCUGAUGAUGAUGACUUUGGAAACUUUGUCAGCUCUUCCUAUGACUAA